AUGGCUACCAGGCUUGGUACUGUUUUAAAUAAGUUGAUCUCUGAAGAGAAAGUGGUGUUUAUGAAGGGUAGAAACAUUCAUGAGAAUAUAACUUUGGCAUCUGAAUUGAUCAAUGAGAUCAAUACGGAAAGGAAGCAUGGAAAUGUUGGCCUCAAACUGGAUAUUUCCCAGGAUUUUGAUACGGUUAGUUGGGAUUUCAUAGCUGAAGUUUUUCGUCAAUAUGGCUUUUCUGAUUCUUGGUGCAAGUGGUUUCUUAAUAUCCUUAGCUCAGCUCGGAUUUCUGUCAUGAUUAAUGGAUGCCCUGAAGGUUAUUUCAGUAUUAUUAGAGGUCUGCGUCAAGGUGAUCCUCUCUCACCUUUGAUCUUUGUUCUUAUUGAAGAUGUUUUAAGUCGCAAUCUUUCCAAGUUGUUUCCAAAUAAUAGUAAGAAUGUUAUGGUUAGUAAGAAAGGUGUGGCGCCUACUCACUUACUUUUUGCGGAUGAUAUCCUUAUUUUCUGCAAAGGUAAUCUUCAUAGUUUGCAAAAUUUUACGAAUAUGCUUGUUUUGUAUGAACGUGCCUCUGGUCAGUGCGUAAACUAUGCAAAGAUCAAUUUUUAUUUUGAAGGUGAUAGAAUUUAUCGUGCUAUUGCCAUUUCUAACUAUUUGGGUAUGGGGAGAGCUAUGUUUCCGGAUAAAUACUUAGGUAUUCAAUUGAAACCUGGAAUUGUUCAGCAUAUUCACGUUUUCCAAGUGGUUGAGAAGAUUAUGGACAAUGGCCAUGCACGGUUAUUAAGCAAGUUGAGAGGGCCAUUAGAAAUUUUCUUUGGUCCGGAGAUGCUGAAAAAACGUAAAUAUUUUACGGUUCUAUAUGAUGAUCUAUGCCUCUCAAAGCGUGAAGGUGGUCUUGGCAUUAAGAAGUUAAAUGAUGUUAAUAGGGCUAUGCUCAUGAAGAUUUGGAUUUCUAUUCGGGAUUCAAACAAGAUCUGGGCCAGAUUAUUAAGGGCCAAAUACUUUAAGAUCAAUGGUAAUCUGAUAAAUUACAAGCUGGGUUUUUCGGUUUUUCCUGGUAUUCGCUUGGUCUACAACUUUGUGCAGAAGCAUACACGCUCAAUUAUAGGCCCUAAUGAUUUUAAGGCUAAAGUUAGUGAUAUCAUUUUUGAUGGUGCUUGGGUUAUUCCUCAAAAAACAAGAGAGUUGAUGAUUCGUUGUAAUAUUGAUGUGGAAAACUUGUCGGUUAUUGCUGGUGAUGAGGAUUAUAAAAUUUGGGAUUUAGUUAGCAAAGGCGUUUUCUCAGUUAAGUCGGCUAAGGACGCUCUUAAGUUGCCGACAGAAGUUGUGCCUUGUGCAAAUAUGUUUUCUAGACAGGUUGUGCACCCUACCUUGAGUGUGCAAUACUGGAAGAUUUGGACCAAGCAAUGUUGUGUUAGUGAAGACAAUAUUAUUAAGAAGACUGGUAGGAGCAUGCCUACUAUGUGUCUCUUAUGCAGGAAAAGUUGCGAAACUCUUAGCCACAUCACUUGGCAUUGCAGAGUUGCUAGGAGGAUUUGGGCUUGGGUGGCUGGAGUUUUCAAGCUGGAUCGAAAUGAAGACUUGGUGGACUCGUAUAAGGCUGCUAAGGGUCGUAGUAGAAUGAUAAAGGACCUGUGGUUGGUUGCAAAUCUUGCAAUUGUCACGGAGUUAUGGAAGUUACGUAACAAGUCUUAUUUUGAGAAUAUGGCUUUUCAAUGGCUGGGCUUUAAAGGGAGAGUUUAUCAGGAGUUACGCAUUCUGAAUUAUUUCAAAGUGCGGCAUAGAUCAUGCAAAACGUCUUCUCCAAUUGAUAUUAUUUGGACUCCUCCUAAUCAAGAUGAAAUCAUGAUUUGUUGUGAUGGUGCUUCUUUCGGAAACCUGGGCCAAGCUGGUUCAGGUGUGGUUUUCCGGAAUGCAAAUUCGGAGGUGCUUGGUGUUCUCUGUGUUGUCCUUGGUUGGCAAACAAAUUUCUAUGCGGAAGUAUGUGCGAUUAUUUAUGGUGCGAUUAUGGCUAAGAGAUGGAAUCUGCGGAAUAUUUGCAUUCGUUCUGAUUCGAAGAGUUGCAUUCAAGCUUUUUAA